AUGGCGAAACUCAGCUCAGCAACUAAAAGAAAAGAGAAGGCGGAGGCUAAAUGUUGGGAACCCCUAGAAGUGUUAGUGUUGGCACAAUCUUGGAUCGAUAUUUCAGAAGAUGCGACCGUUGGAAAAGACCAAAAGCAUGAUCGUUUUUGGAUUCGCGUUUUACAUAGGUUCCAUAAAGGAAUGAACCGUGGAGAAAACUGUUCAAAACAUCAAGUUUACUCGAAAUGGGGGAAAAUGAACAAGGAAAUCAUGUUGUUUAAUGAUUUGUAUAAAAACAUGAAACGUCAAUGGAAAAGUGGAGAAAGCGAUGAUCAAAAUGUCAGACGAGCAUAUCGUAGUGGUUCAAAACGCAACAGGACAUCUGAGUCCGACCACACUACAUCAGAUGCUCGUGUACAAUUUGAUCUGAACGAAGAUGAAUCUGUUCCAGUUUCACCACCUUCCCGACCAAUGGGAAGAGACAAAGCAAAAAGUAAAGGCAAAGGCAAAGGCAAAGCGUUGGAUUUAGAUGAAUUGAAAGAAAUAUGGGCCGACAUGAAGGAGCUUCGGAAACAAAGGGACAACGACAUGCGAGUACUAUCAUUGGACACGUUGAAUAUGACCGGGGAUGAGCUUGAAGUUAUUUUGGCGAUGAAGGAGGAAGUGAAAAAACAUUACGCAAAUCGUGGCUAA